CGCACAGCAGGGGUCGUAACGCACCAUGUUUUACACAUAUCUUCCAGAUGCUGGCACUGAUGCAGAUGCCGUAACCAUAUCCAACAUUUCCUAGCUCUUGUAUCAAUACCCAGAUCACCAAACGAUGCUCAGCAAUGAGCUACCAGACGUGGCAUGCUCGGACAGAGUCAUCGAGGACCGUUUGCUGGUGGGAAAGCCCUUUCUACCUAGCAUUAUCAAUGAAGUCUUUGACGUCUCCGCCCGUUCCCUCUCGUUUUCCACGCGUGACGCCUUCUCACAGCAAGCAAGCUCACCUGCCACACGCAUGCUGGAAACCACAGCGCACUCGCGCCAAGUCCUCAAGCUGACCUGUUUGCGGGGCCUAUAACGAGGGUUUAUUCGGUGCAAGCCCCGUACACCACGAAGGGCCAUGUCGACAUGGCGCCACAAUAUGUCGUGCUUUCUAGCGGCAUAAGCACAGAGGGA